CCGAGCCGUUGGCUCCCAGGCCCGCCCCUCCACCGCCUCUCACUUUUCCCAGGGCGUUUGCGCCUGCGCUCAGCUGCCUGGGCGGGCUGGGAGGCGCGCGUUGAAAAGUCUCGUUCCAAGUUUGGAGAGAGAGAGAGAGAGAAGAGCGCCUCAGACCUUGGUACCCGCGAGCGGGGAGGAGGCAGCAAAGAAGGACGCGGCGUCUGGGGAGCACCCGGACCGUGAGACGGAGCUCGGGCUUCGAGAGCUGGAAGUGUGUGACGCGCCUGGGAAAGGCAGGAGCGCCUGCGGUUGGGCUGCUCUUGACUAGUGAGGGGAGUCCGAGGCGGCGGCGAGGGGCGAACGACCCGACGCAAGAUGGCGAGUAAAGAGAUGUUUGAAGAUACUGUGGAGGAGCGUGUCAUCAAUGAAGAAUAUAAGAUCUGGAAGAAGAAUACACCGUUUCUGUAUGACCUGGUUAUGACCCAUGCUCUUCAGUGGCCCAGUCUUACCGUUCAGUGGCUUCCUGAAGUGACUAAACCUGAAGGAAAGGAUUACGCCCUUCACUGGCUGGUGUUGGGAACCCACACUUCUGAUGAGCAGAAUCAUCUCGUGGUUGCUCGUGUUCAUAUUCCAAAUGAUGAUGCCCAGUUUGAUGCUUCCCACUGUGACAGUGAGAAGGGUGAAUUUGGUGGCUUUGGUUCUGUAACAGGAAAAAUUGAAUGUGAAAUUAAAAUCAACCACGAAGGAGAAGUGAACCGUGCUCGUUACAUGCCGCAGAAUCCUCACAUCAUUGCAACAAAAACACCAUCUUCUGACGUGCUGGUUUUCGACUAUACAAAGCACCCUGCUAAGCCAGACCCAAGUGGAGAAUGUAAUCCUGAUCUUAGAUUAAGAGGUCACCAAAAGGAAGGCUAUGGUCUUUCCUGGAAUUCUAAUUUGAGUGGACAUCUCCUAAGUGCAUCUGACGACCAUACUGUCUGUCUGUGGGAUAUAAAUGCAGGACCAAAGGAAGGCAAAAUUGUGGAUGCUAAAGCCAUCUUUACCGGCCACUCAGCCGUCGUGGAGGAUGUGGCCUGGCACCUGCUGCACGAGUCUCUGUUUGGAUCUGUUGCGGAUGACCAGAAGCUCAUGAUAUGGGACACCAGGUCCAACACCACCUCCAAGCCGAGUCACCUGGUGGACGCGCACACCGCGGAGGUCAACUGCCUGUCAUUCAACCCCUACAGCGAGUUCAUUCUCGCCACUGGCUCUGCAGAUAAGACUGUAGCUUUAUGGGAUCUGCGUAACUUAAAGUUAAAGCUCCAUACCUUCGAGUCUCAUAAAGACGAGAUUUUCCAGGUGCACUGGUCUCCACAUAAUGAAACUAUUCUGGCUUCAAGUGGUACCGAUCGCCGCCUGAAUGUGUGGGAUUUAAGCAAAAUUGGAGAAGAGCAAUCAGCAGAGGAUGCAGAAGACGGGCCUCCAGAACUCCUGUUUAUUCAUGGAGGACACACCGCCAAGAUAUCUGAUUUUAGCUGGAACCCCAAUGAGCCUUGGGUCAUCUGCUCAGUGUCCGAGGAUAACAUCAUGCAGAUAUGGCAAAUGGCUGAAAAUAUAUACAAUGAUGAAGAGUCAGAUGUCACACCAUCGGAACUGGAGGGGCAAGGAUCUUAAACCCAAAG